GACCUCUGUGAAGACCCCCACCUGUUUGUGAAUGGAAUCAGCUCCCACGACUUACACCAAGGCAUCCUGGGGAACUGCUGGUUUGUGGCUGCAUGUUCCUGCCUGGCUCUGAGGAAGACCCUCUGGCAGCGGGUGAUUCCAGACUUUAAUGAACAAGAAUGGGACCCCAAAAACCCAGAGAAAUAUGCUGGGAUUUUCCGUUUCCGUUUCUGGUGCUUUGGAGAAUGGACAGAGGUGGUUGUUGAUGAUCUGCUGCCAACAAUGGAUGGGAAGUUGAUCUACUGCCAUUCCAAUGUGAAAAACGAAUUCUGGAGUGCGUUGUUGGAGAAAGCCUAUGCAAAGCUGGCGGGAUGUUAUGAAGCCCUAGAUGGAGGCAGUGCUGCGGAUGCAAUUGUGGAUUUCACUGGAGCAGUAGCAGAAUCUAUUGAUUUGGUGCAGGGCAAAUAUGGUGAGAUGAUUUCUGAGCAGAUGAAGCUGUUUGAAGACUUGUUGAAAGUGCACAGAAGAGGCGGGUUGAUCAGCUGUUACAUUACGGCUUCCUCUGGUACCAGUGAAGUGGAGACAGAGAAGGGGCUUGUCAUCGGCCACGCCUACUCGGUGACUGCGGUUCGGAAGCUGCGCCUUGGGGAGAGGCUCACCUUCUCCUUCAAGGCAGAAAAGCUCUUCAUGAUCAGGCUGAGGAACCCCUGGGGAAAAAGAGAGUGGAAUGGUGCCUGGAGUGACAAUUCUGAGGAGUGGAAGAAAGUCAGCAGUUCAGAAUGUAAGAGCUUGGGACUCACUCUUGAGAAUGAUGGAGAGUUCUGGAUGACCUUUGAGGACUGGUGUAAGAACUUCACUGAUGUGGACAUCUGCCGGAUUGUGAACACCUCCUACUGCAGUAUCCACAAGACCUGGGAGAAGAAGAUGAUGCAUGGGGCUUGGACAAAGGAUUCAGAGCCCCUGCUCAAUCGCUCUGGUGGAUGCUUCGAUAACAAAGAGACCUUCCUUCAGAAUCCCCAGUACAUCUUUGAUGUUAAGAAGGCUGAGGACAAAGUGCUGGUCUCAUUACAACAGGAGGAUCGCCGCAAGUACAAGAAAGAAGGGAAAGGAGACAGCAUCCCAAUUGGCUUUGAAAUACUCAAGGUGGAGGAUAACAGGAGGUACCGGGUGCACAGGCUGACAGUGCAGGAGAGGGUGGCCACCUCUCCCUACAGCAACACGCGCACGGUGUUCCUGAAGAGCAUCCUUCGGCAGGGCCGCUACCUCCUCGUCCCAACCACCUACCACCCGGGCAUCCCCACACAGUUCAUCCUGAGGCUCUUCACAGAUGUGCCAUCCAGACUCAGGGAGCUGAAGGCAGACAAGCCUCGAAUGACGUGUUGGAGUCUUCUCCGCGGCUAUCCACGCAGAGUCACCCAGAUCAAAAUCCACUCUGCAGAAGGUUUACAGAAGCAAGACAGAUCAGGUGGAGCAGAUCCCUAUGUGCUCAUCAAGUGUGAGAACCAAGCCACGCGCUCCCCCGUGCAGCACGACACCACCAGCCCCACCUUCAGCACACAAGUGAUUUUCUACAGGAAGAACAUUGACAGUCCUGUCAUCGUCCAGGUGUGGAACAGCAACGUCUUGUGUGACCAGUUCCUGGGGCAGGCGGUGCUGGCAGCUCCCCCCAGCGACCCCAGAGAGCCGCAGACGCUGCAGCUCCGGGGGAGGGGCGGCCGAGGGGCGGCCGAGGUGCCAGGUCACAUCACCCUCACGGCUUUUUCCAGCGACAGCCUCGUGGAGCUGUGA